GCAGAUCCCCACGGGCACCGCUAAACACCCAUCGCACAGAAGCCGCUCCUGAAACUCCUAGGGGCCCCCGCCAACAUACAAUGACACUUGUUUGCACUGUGCAACAGGCGGAGAAGCAAAAAGUCCUAGUUUUAAUCUAAGGCACGGCCCUGCGCAUGCGCCGGUUGACGGGUAGCAGCAGCUACCCUCUGGUCUGGAUGGAGGAGAGUUGUCAGUGGGUCACUCUCAGUCUAUCAAUCCUUCACUAUGCACUGCUCUCCUGCUUGAAAUAUUGACAGCUGACUACGAGCAGUUGAGUGCUCUAUUAAUUAUUAUUGAGCUGGACCUCCCCAAACUUAAGUGAAAACAGCAUGAUAUGGAUUAAUAUGGAAAAACUUCCUUGACUGGGAAGAAAAAAAAAGAUUUCGUGAGAACACAUUGAAGAAUCGAGCGUAUGGAUUACAAGUCAGUGCUGGUUACUCCGUCUCUCAGGGGAAGACAUUUGAGAAGUGGCGACAUGAAGAUCCGUUCAGAGCGGGAUUGAUGCAAAGUUUGUCUGAAGUCCUGGAGGUUUCUCACAGGAAUAUGGGAUAUUCUGAAUGUAUGGUUUAUGUGCACAAAACCCCAUCGGUUAUGGCUGUUAUUCAUUUUCAUAUGUGUCGUCUCUACAUUCAAUUUGAAACAAAGCUACUGGAAGUCUUGUGACGGAAACAGUGGAUACUUGUCUGGUGCAUUUCUGCUGGAUCUAUUGAAUUAACCUCGGAAUUUCUCUGCCCAAUGACAUUUCCAAAGUUGUUAGUUGGGUUCCUUUUCACAUCGUCUCCUCCUUUUAUUAGUUUCAUUUGCCGAGUCAUUAACUUAACUGGUCCUGACCAAAACCUGAAGUGUUUUCAUUGCACGGGUUUGUGACAGGAUGCGGGGAUGCACGGGAUUCCCAUGGCCGUCACGGUGGUAUUGACACUUUUGACCAUCAUUAACGUGAAGGCGAGUGGAGAGUACUGUCACGGCUGGCACGACUCUCAGGUCGGGUGGCGAGACGGCUUUCAGUGCCCGGAGCGCUUCGACAGCGCCGAGGCCAUCAUCUGCUGCGGGAAGUGCGAGCUCAGGUACUGCUGCUCCAGCACUGAAGCUCGGCUGGACCAGGGCUCGUGUGAUAAUGAUAAACAGACACAAGACUCCAACACCGGGGACAAGGACGACAAAAACUCCGGUGCAGUACCCAUCUACGUGCCUUUCCUGAUCGUUGGCUCGGUCUUCGUGGCAUUCGUGCUGGUGGGCUCCGUUGUUGCUGUGUGCUGUUGCCGCUGUCUACGUCCCAAACAGGAGCUUCACACGUCAGGUGGCGGCUCAGGAGGAGGGUCCAGCAGCGCCCGUGUCCUCGAGACUAUUCCCAUGAUGGCCAGCACGGGUACGUCGCGAGGCUCGUCCUCCCGUCAAUCGAGCACGGCCACCUCCUCCAGCUCUUCGGCGCCUCCCGCCGCUCCCCGUCCUGCACCCGUCCCCAUGCUACGCGCCCAGGCCUCGUGCUGCCUGCCUCCAGACGCCAGCGUGUACGUGAACAUGCCCACCAACUUCUCAGUGCUAAACUGCCAACAGGCCACUCAAAUCCUUCCUCACCAAGGCCAGUUCCUGCAUCCUCAGUACAUCGGUUUCGCCCACCCCGUUUCUCCGGGUCCAGCUUACCUAGACCCCACUCAAGCGGGAUACCGCCCAUUGCAGUCUCCGUACCCUCCGCCAACCAGCGUGGCUAGUGUGGCCAGUGUGUCCGGGGAUCAGAAAUACCCUCCAAUUACCAUGUGAAUGCCAAUGGGACUACCGCAGGAAAUACAUUUGAAUUGAAGUCAAUAGAAGAACACAAUGAAUCAAUUCAGAGCACAAAAUGCCGGUUCGUUGGCAUGAAUGCACACUUGCGUCGAGACUCUCAAACUGGUUCUGUGAUAUAAAGGACACAGUGCUUAAUAAAAAUGGCUGGAAGUGUGUGUAAUGUAACAUGCCUUAAGUUACUAACGGUGCUGUUGUAAAUGAAGCCUGUGUGUGUGUGUGUGUGUACAUAUGCGAUGUAUAUUUGUGUUGUAUAACCCUGCCUGUGUACUCUGUGACUGUAUAGGUGUGUUGGUUUAUGGGAUGCAGUAUGUGAAUAUAUGUGUGUGUGGUGCACUAUAUGUUGUGUGUAAUGGAAAUCACAGGUGCUGUAAUGUGAAAAACAGUCCUGGCUCCCUAUUGGAUGCUUAAAAUCUAAUGAAGUGAACACAGGACACAGACUGUGACGCUCCACCCACUGCAGCACAGACACACUCACUUACAUUUUCACAUAUACACACUCACAUUGUGAAGAACCAAAGUUUGCAUUUUCACAUUGCCAAGGAACAGAUUAGAAAAUAUACAAAAAUAUAGGUCUGUGUUUGGAAAGCAACGUGCGAAGGUCAAUUACGCAGUAAAAACUGUCUGCCAACUGUUCCCCUUCACUAAGUCUCUGCCUUGUGAAAGGACUGUGUAUGUGUGCCACUUUUCCUCCCCUCUUUUUUAGCAUAAGGUACACUCGAGGAGCACCAAAAGGGUUCCAGGGCAUUUCAUUUGAAGUGGGUCUCUUUCAGCACGCUCAAUGGCAGCAGUUUAGCGUGGAAAGAAAAGUCCCAGACUCCUUCAGCAGAAGGCCAUCACCCGUCUGAACUUGAAAACGCCAGCAUUAGAUCUCAAACUGGCAGAAGUCAAUGAAAUGAAAAUGCCCGAUUGAAAAAUCACCAGUCUUAAGUUAUCUGGCUUUGAAUCGAAAGUUAAAACAAUAGUUUACUCAAAAAAAUGCAUUACUUUCUUCUGCGGAACACAAAAGGAGAUAUGUUGAAAAUGUUGUUUUUUUUGGUCCCUACAAUGAAAGUCAGAGUUUUUAUAGUUAAUUAAAAAAAUAAUAAUUGAAAUAAUCUGAAAUAAAUUAAAAUAUAAAAAUUAAAUGAAAAAUGUAACUUUAAAAAAACAUAAAUGAUAAUUAGAACUAGCUGAAAUAUAACAAGUUUAAGUUAAAGUACUAAAGUUACUAAAAUUACUAAAUAAAAAUAAAUGAAAACAAGAUAAACUCAGGAAUGAUUUUUAAAACUGUUAAAUAAAAGCACAAGAAAAUUGCUUAAGCCUCAAUUCACUAAUUCAAAAUAUGAAUAAAUAAAUAAUACUAAAAUAUAGUUUUGGACCCCAUUGACUUUCAUUGUAUGGACAAAAACAGUUCUUUAGAAAAUCGUGUGUUCCACAGAUGAAAGAAAUUCAUUCAAGUUUAAAUUUUAUUUUUUUGAGUGAAGUUCAAUUUUGACCAGACCCCAAUUUUGAUGUACCCCUAUUAGAAAAGUUAUAAGUCUUGACAGGGAGCUUGUCUUUUUUUUUUUUUUUUUGACUAGGUAUCUGGGCAACUUGACAUGCACAUCAGAUCUAUUUUUGUGUAAAAUACAUGUGCGUUUGUGGAACUGAAUGAGUAUUUGAGUGAAUGUGCCUCUCUCUCUAAAAGCAGGGUGCGAUGUGUCUUUUACAUAUAAAAUAUAUUAAUAAUAAUAAAUAUUUUUAGAGACUG